UUCUCCCGCAGCCUUCCGAGCACUGGGUCCGGCCGAGGCAGGCGCUCCGAGCUCUCGGGGGAGGCGCAGAGCAAGGGCCGGCGGGCGGCGAGCGGGGCUGGGAGUGCGAGCGGGAGUGGCCGAGGAGCCGGCAGUAGCCGCGCGGCGGGCCCGGACCAACGCGGCCGAAGCUCCUGCAAAGUUGGGCGCGCGCUCGCGCCACUGCGCCGGCGGCCCGAGCGAUGAAGAUGGUGGCCCCCUGGACGCGGUUCUACUCGAACAGCUGUUGCCUGUGCUGCCAUGUCCGCACCGGCACCAUCCUGCUCGGCGUCUGGUACCUGAUCAUCAAUGCCGUGGUACUGCUGAUUCUGCUGAGUGCCCUGGCUGAUCCAGAUCAGUAUCACUUUUCAAGUUCUGAACUCGGGGGUGACUUUGAGUUCAUGGAUGAUGCCAACAUGUGCAUUGCUAUCGCAAUUUCUCUUCUCAUGAUCCUGAUCUGUGCAAUGGCUACGUAUGGAGCAUACAAGCAACAUGCGGCCUGGAUCAUCCCAUUCUUCUGUUACCAGAUCUUUGAUUUCGCCCUGAACACCUUGGUUGCAGUCACUGUGCUUGUUUAUCCAAACUCCAUCCAGGAAUACAUACGACAGCUGCCUCCUGAUUUUCCUUACAAAGAUGAUAUCAUGUCAGUGAAUCCUACCUGUUUGGUCCUUAUUAUUCUUCUGUUUAUCAGCAUUAUCUUGACUUUUAAGGGUUACUUGAUCAGCUGUGUUUGGAACUGCUACCGAUACAUCAAUGGCAGGAACUCCUCUGACGUCCUGGUUUAUGUUACCAGCAAUGACACUACGGUGCUCUUACCCCCGUACGAUGAUGCCACUGUGAAUGGCGCCACCAAGGAUCCACCACCACCUUACGUGUCUGCCUAAGCCUGGAAGUGGGGCGUAGCUGAGAGCGACAGCUUGACUUCCAUACAUCAGAGCAAUAGUUCUUCAAUUUUACUUCUGAGACGAGCUCUCUGAGCUUACUUGUUGCUGAAAUGCUACAACUUAAAAUUUUAGAUGUUGAGACUCUCUGUAGUUUGAACCAUAUGCUUGGCUAGAGCACUGUGAUAGAGUAACUGUAGAAUUCUUUCUGUGCGAGUGCGGUGGGCUCCCCUAGUCUUUCCUCGGCAUUGAAACUAGCCAACAAUCCGGAUGAACCUUCUGUCCGAGGAGUCUGUUGUACGUGCUGAGCCCCAAAGUUGAAGAAUUUGUGACCCUGUUCUCUCCGUUCCCUCCUUUCUCUUUGGAAAGCGUAAAAUAAAAUCAGAAUUAUACAGUGCUUCUCUUAGGCCAUUCCAGUGUACAGAACAAACCCUUAGGAGAAGAGGAAUCGUGGAAGGAGUCCACAUAUACACAUAAAUAAAACAAGAAUUUCCUUAGAUCCUUUAUGAUUUAAAUUCAGUGACACUUUGAGUUCGCUGGUCAAGGAUUUUGUCCACGGGCUAAAUUGAGACCCUUUGUCCAUCCCCAGCAGCGAGGACAGUCAGUCACCACCCCAGUGGCUGCUCUUGUGCACCCACGUCUGGGGUCACGGCGUGGCGUGUUAGAGGGGAACUGGUUGGUACUGUGUGGUAUCAGGUUCUCCCUUUCUCGCAGUUUCCUUCCCAUCCCCGCUCAGAGCCCCCUUUCACUAAGUGUUCCGCCCUAGCCUGACUCAGGGAGGACAUCCAUCAGCCUUUGUCAAGUGGAAUUGCUGAUACGUAUUUACCCAACAAUCUGAAAAAAGGUUUUCUUCUCUCCCUGCAAGGCACAUCCUACUACUUUGAACCAGAUUCUGAGUAUGCCUUGUCAUCUUUUAAAAUGAGUGUAAAACAGUCUUCGGAAAGACGGGAGGUGGCAGGGGUGCUUUCCUUGUGAGAUGCCCUUAUCUUGACUACCCGCAUUUCAAGGGACUUUUAUAUAUUCACAUGUUCAAAAGUCACAGCUCUCCUGUUUGUUCAUUAUUGAAUGUGCUGUAAAUGAAGCCAUUUGCAAUUAAAGUGAGAUUUGCCCACAUCCAAGAAAACCACCUUUUGACUCUGGUGAUUGUGCCUGGCAACGCUUCUUGCCCAAGUGGGGCUGCGGUAGACACACACGGUUUGGCCUAAGGAGGAGGUUUUAUGGCUUGUCUCACACAUAUGUUUGUUUUUUUUUAAAUAUUUCAGUGCUGGUAAAAUCAGAGCAUCUUAGGCCAAGAGAAAUGGAGAGAAGCCGACACGAGCUUCCAGCAUUCCUAACCCCGCCUCUGCCAAAGGUUUGCCAGCUCAGCUGCUUUGAAUAGGAUUGCUUUCUGUCCACAGUGCAGUUUUAAUAAGCUGUUCAGAUCUUACUGUGUUCCAAGGGAGAUUAAAAUAAGAGUGGUUUUGGCUUGUUCCUGAACACCCGUUAUUUAUUUCAGAUAAUUUGGAAAUGUAGGAUAAAAUAAGAGGAGAGGGGGAUGACUUUUAUCUCUGAGAAUCGGCCUCAGUCAUUUCUAAUGUAUCUCAUUAGUAUUCUUUAUAAACUGAACCUUGGAAAUUCUGUUCCUUGAAGUUUUAUACCCAGAAGAUUAACCCAGGAAGGGUUGUUAGGUAUGAGAAAGGCCUAUCAGGUAACUUCACUGAUCCCUGUGGAAGGCACAUAGGAAAUCACAGUUAUUUGCAUGUUACUCCCCAUGAUUUUCCAGUGCUUUGCCUCAUAAUUUUUUUACAAUGUGAAAAAUGGCACAUGGUCAAGUGGAGAAGAGUGCUGGUUUUGAGACUACGUAGGGUCCUCGGAGAGGAUCUUGUUCACGUGACACUCAGUAGCACCACAGGCAACCAGGAUGUCACGAUGCUGCUGGGCUUUCCUGACAUAACAACCCAGGCUGAGCUCCAGAGCCGCCCCCGUACUUACUCUACACAGUAAGGAAUUGUCUUCCUGUCUCCACUAUGGAGAGGUUGUGAUGCUUGGAUUACACUGACCCCCCAGAGCCCACUCAGCAAUUCGCUGUGUCCUUGUCAUUGCUAAUCCGGAUAUAUACUUCUCUUAAAUGUGUUUUAAACCCCACUUUAAUAUCCUGCUCCUUUCUUCUAUUUUGUUGUCUACAGAGAAACAAAACAGUCAUUACCUCAA